ACUUUGUUUAAUAUUUAAAUGAGUAUCUAUUUAUUACUUAUACUUCAAAGUAAAAAUAAGUAUUUUAUAACAAUAUUCAUAAUACAUUUUAUUUGAAAAACAUAUUUGUUUUAAAAAGUGUUGUACUGUUUUUGAAUAUACUCAAUUACUUUUAUAUUUGUAUAAUGCAAAAAAUAUGGAUUAUAAAUUUAAUUUUAGGAUUCAUUGGUACUAUCAGUACUUCUUCACAAGACGAAUACCGUCAAUAUACAUUUUAUCAAAAGCAGCCGGUGAAUCCUCGCCCACUUGAUUUAAUGGCCGAUUUGACAAAUGACCUGGGAAUAAGAGUGAUGCGGGCUAUGGCGACUGGAGAUGCAUCUGGUAACAUCGCGUUUUCUCCUUUUGGUUUGAUGGCUGUUUCAGUACUCUUAUAUGAAGGUUCUAGUGGAUAUUCUGCGUUACAAAUUAAACAGUCUUUAAAUUUACCAUGGGAAAUUUUAGCAGUAAGAAUUGGAAUGCGAGAUCUUAAUCGAUAUCUUAAAACCUAUUUUAAAAGUGAUGGAUUUUUGAAUGGUUUAACUAUGAGUAGAGAAGAAGUAUGUUUAAGUUCUCAGUUUAAGCGUAUACUUCAAUUAUAUAGUUUCGACGAACCAAAUAGUUUUCUCAUCGAUUCUUGUCGCGAGAAGACUACAACUCAUCAGUCUGUUUCUAUUACUACACAAGGAAUAGCGGUAACAGAAAUCGUACCCACUAGCCAAACAAUUCAAGUUGCAAAUGUAACAAAAGGAGCAGCUAGUGAUAUAUCUUCGAUUGUAACUGAAUUACCAGUAUCGGCAGAAGUAACUUAUGUUGGUGACGCUGGUCUUACUAUUUCUAUAGCAAAUAUGAAUACAAAUUCGUCAAUAAAAUUGCAAACAGAUGCUAUAACAAUUGAAGAUAGGACCCAAACCCAAACCACUCAAUCAGAACCAACUACAAAUUCACCCACUACUUUGUAUUUGUCAAAUGAGGAUGAACUAAAAUCAUCAAAUGAGUUCAAUAUAAUUAACAAAGAACUUUAUAAACCUUUAGCAACAGAUUUUGAAAACAUAUUUGAAAGCACGUUUUCGAAUGAUCCUAUGUUUUCUGAGACAACAGUGACACAAACGAGUCUAGAUAUCAGUAGUAGAGCAUUAGGUUUUGAGGUGGUUGAUAAGUCAACUGACACAACCGAAAGCUCUGAAAUAAUUACAAAACCAAUUGAAUUAUCUAGCUAUUUGACAGAUAUAUUAUAUUCAGUGAUAGAUAAAUCAAAUGAAAUAUUUUCAAAUAAUAGCAUAACAUCGCCUGCGACUGUUGAGAGUUUAGCUAAAACUGAUUUGAAAAGUGAAGUAGAUGAAACAAAUCAAGACAAAAUAUCUAUUAACAAUGAAACAUUACCUGAUGGAAUACAAAAUGAAACACUUAUUGUCGAAUUUCCAAAAACUAUUAUAGAAAAUACAGAUUUGUUAAAAACUACUAGUUUUAACGAAAAUGAAGCAAUAACAACGGAAAAUUCAAUAUCUAUGACAGAUAUACCAGUUGUUAAAAAUGGAAGUACUUUGGUCGAUAACGAAAUAUUAUUAGCUGAAUCUAAUAAAAACUAUCACUUUGCCUUACUUGAAAGAAACGGUGCAAAAUCAAUUGAGGAUAAUCAUAAUUUACCUUCAUUUGAUGUUGAAUUUGUGGUAAAAAGAGAUGAUAUUCGACUUGAAUGUAAAAAAUUGAAAAAAAAAGUAAUAAAACCAGAUAGAAUACUUAUGCAAUACCCGAAAAAUCCAGCGAUUACGAUUGCACUUAAUGAACCGAUAAUACGUAGUAAAAGAUACUUGAAUCAAUAUCAAGGAAAUAAGAAUCAGUGGUUUACUGGAUAUAAGUCAUUUAAUCCAAUGCCCAAUUGGGGUGACAGAGCUUAUAGUACUAAUCCAUUCGAAAUUACAAAUUUGUUCAAUGCAGAAGACCAACGUUUGCAAUUCUUUACCUACACAGCCGUCUUGCCCUUCGGUUUUAUUUAUGAUCUUAAAUCUCAAGUUAUCGAAAUUCCAUUAGAUGAUUCCAGGUACACGUUGAUGAUUUUAAUGCCAAACCAUCCGGAGGGAUUGACCGAAUUACUUUUGCUGUUACCAACGUUGUCAUUGCGUAAUAUACACAACUCAUUAAAACCUACGGCAGUCCAUGCAACGAUACCUGCAUUUAAAUACAUAUCCAAAGUUGAUUUAACAUCAGCUUUGCAACAGGUUGGUAUUCGAGACGUUUUUUAUAGGUAUAGAGCAGACCUUUCAUUUAUGUCAUCAGAUGCACGGUUAUUUGUCAACUCGGUCCAACAAGUGGUAUCGGUUACGGCGAAAAAGUACAAAACUUCGGUUUAUGAAAUUCAACGCAAAUAUGUUGAACAUAAUUUUGUUAUUUCAAGACCAUUUGUAUAUUUUGUAAUAGAUUUACACACUAAAGUUAGUCUUAUUGCUGGGGUACUAACUGAUCCAUUGGCAUCACCAUUAUGAUUGUUG